AGCUAGCCCCAGAUAAGCAACGCCUCAUCACAAAGGAUAACAAGCAGCAUAUAAUGGAGUCCAGUGACCAGACUCAAGUCUUCCAGGGCGCCAUGAUCUUUUCGGAGACGCCCGAGAGGCUAGCAAUACACGAGGAUGCGACGCUUGUGGUGACCAACGGAACCAUCACGGCGUUCCACGCAACGACGCCAGACUCAAUCACCACACCUCCAGGCGCCCAGGUCCACCGCCUCCCGGCAGGCGACUUUCUCAUCCCGGGCUUCGUCGACACCCACAACCACGCGCCGCAGUGGCCGAUGCGCGGCCUCGGCCAGGGCCUGCACAUCCUGGACUGGCUCGCCGAGGUGACCUUCCCGUUCGAGGCGCGCUUCGCCGACGCCGCCUACGCCGCCGAGCAGUACCGCCGGACCGUGGCCGACUUCCUCGCGCAGGGCAUCACCACGGCUUCGUACUACGGCUCGCGCCACGAGCAGGCCACCAGGAUCCUGGCCGACGAGUGCCACCGCCAGGGCCAGCGCGCGCUCGUCGGCAAGUGCAACAUGGACGCGCGGUCGCCCGACUUUCUGCGCGACGAGAGCGCGGCGCAGUCCCUCCGCGAGACCGCCGCGUGCGUCGCGCACAUCCGCGCCCUCGACGGCAGCGACGCGGCGCUCGUCCGCCCGGUCCUGACCCCGCGCUUCGCCAUCUCCUGCACGCCCGAGCUGCUCCGCGGCCUGGGCGACAUGGCGAGGCGCGAGGACCUGCCGGUGCAGACGCAUUUCAACGAGGCUCGGCAGGAGGUCGAGGCGACGCGGGAGCUGUUCCCCGAGUUCGACGGCAGCGAGGCCGAUCUGUACGCGCAUUUCGACCUGCUCGGGAGCCGGUCCAUCCUCGCCCACUGCACCGUCAUGGACGAGUACGAAACGACCCGCAUCCGGGAGCUUGACUGCGGUGUCGCGCACUGCCCCGUCGCCAACAUGACGGUGGGUGGUGGUUUCAUGGCCGCCCCGAUCCGGGACUUUCUGAGACGGGGCAUCAAGGUCGGCCUGGGCACCGACAGCGGCGGCGGCUGGUCCAACUCGAUGCUGAUAGUGAUGCGGUUGGCCAUCAUCACGAGCAAUGCGCGCGAGGUCUUGACAGACGGCAAGGACAAGGCCCUGUCGCUAGAAGAGGUCUUCUACCUCGCUACCAUGGGUGGAGCUAGGGUCUGUGGACUGGACAAGCGUGUUGGGAGCUUCGAGGUGGGUAAAGAGUUUGAUGCAAUUCGGGUGACGUCGAGAAACCCCAAGGGUCAUUACUCGAUUAUGACGCCAAUGGAGAAAGGAGAUGGGCUCAGAAGGUUGUUUGAAAAGUUUAUUAUGACAGGGGACGAUCGAAAUAUUUUGCAUGUAUACGUGCGCGGGAGGCGGGUGGCCGGGCAUGACUGA